AUGACAUUGAGAGCGACGAAAGCGAGACAGCAGCGGGUGUCGCCGCAUAUCGGGCACACGUUCAGCUUCGGGAACCUGGUGGGUGACCCGUUUGCGAUUUCGACGUUGUCGAUCAGCACUAUUGCGUGGCUCAUUACGCUGGGGGGCGGGAUCGCGACCAAGAAGAUGCCGCACUUCAGCUGGUGGGGCAUCGCGUUCCAGUUUGUGAUGAUGGUGUGUUUCGUGGUGAUAUACCUGUGGGACCUGGUGGACUACUACCGGGGCUUCCUGGCGGCGGGGGUGGGCGUGGCGUUUGUGUACUCUACGAACAGCUGCAGCCAGCUGAUCUACCAGGAGGAGCCGCAGCAGGCGGCGGGGAGCGCGGGGUUUAUGAUGCUGUCGAUCGUGAACAUGAUAUGGAUGUUCUACUUCGGGGCGGACAACGCGGCGCCUGCGAACCGGUGGAUCGACUCGUUCUCGAUCCGGGGCAUCCGGGCGUCGCAGGUGGAGUCGUCGCUGGCGCUGGCGCGGUCGCAGAAGGCGGUGGCGAGCCCGCAGCCGGCGGCGACGGCCUUCUACGGGGGGCUGGAGGGGCACUCGCAGAAGUAUGUGUCCUCGACGGCGCUCAACGGGUUUGAGAACACGGACCCGCACACGAGCACCGCCUUCGCGCUAGGGCCGGAGGGCCCCACGCAGCGCAACCUGGACACACACGGCACGAGCACCUACGUAACGGACACCACUAACGGGAACACGGAGACGACGAUGGGCGACACGCUGGGGCUCUACAGCGAUAUGGGCGACGAGCUCGUGAACUUCCCGUACACUGCCAAGGCGCUGUACGCCUACGAGGCCGAUGCAUCCGACGCGUACGAGAUAUCCUUCCAGCAGGGCGAGAUACUGCGCGUGGGCGACAUCGAGGGCCGCUGGUGGAAAGCCAAGAAGGCAAACGGCGAGACGGGUAUCAUUCCCAGCAAUUAUGUGGAGCUGGUGGACGAUCCCGCGGCACUGUAA